AUGCACGCAUUCAUGACAGCGGCGCCUGGAUCGAGAGAGUUCAACACAAGGCUAGUCGAGCUCGUCGCCCGGGCAAUACACCAGAUCGCCGUCAACCUCAGCAAGUCAGAACCCGGUUUUCACAAGGACGAUGACUUCACUACGUGGAUGCCGUCCAAGACGGACGGGCACGGAGACGAUCGACUGGGUGCGAUCCUCUUGGAAAACUACCAGAGUAUGAUGCCCCUGAAGACGCUCUUCGUUCACCGUUGGUACACGAACUACGAUGGCUACCCCGAUGGGGUUCAUGAUGGCGUUGGUUAUUGGGCAGAAGCACGUAUCAUGGGUGGUGUUGUGUUAUUUGAUCGGCGUGAUCCGGCGAAGAUCCCUGAUGCCAAUCCCAGUGAUAUUUAUUUUCAUUCCGACAGACUUAACGUCACUUACCGCAUCUACUGCCUCCUCGAUGAGCAAAAGAGCAAGCUUCUCGAAUUCCUGCUCCGUCAGAACGCUGAUGAAACGGACUGUCCUCUACCGAUCCUCGGCGGUCAGGAGAACCGCAAGAGAGUCGAUGCCGAGGAGCCCGUCUUGACGACGGGGAUCUACCGGGAUCCGUGGGAGAGGAAAGAAAUUUCGCCAGAUGAGGAUAUUAGGCGGACGAGGAGGCGUAUCAUGGAUGGGAUCAACUACAAUAGCUGGGAAGAUUUCCAAGCUGCAGUUAGGAGAGGUCGGAAGAUGGAGGAUGAGUGGCUUUCUCGCCAUUACGGCGAUUUUGAACAGGGCGAACAGGGUGAACAAGGAUGA